AUGGCGUCAGCUAUAUCGCCGGUCCCCGUUAUUUGCUCUGCGAGAGCCACUCAGGCCACCAAGAGGAGUCCCUUGAAGAGAGACCGUAAAAGCGUCGGCCUCGGGAAGAAGCAGAGGCGGAGCAGGAAUGGUGGUGGGCUGGGGAACGUCGUUGAAGUCGUGCAGAAAGACGUAGCGUUUUUGAAAGCGGGUUUUAGCAAGGGAUUGCGGUGGGCCAACAGAGCGUUUCGAGUUCCGGAGGUUUCGAAGUCCGUGGAGGAUCUGAUAUGGCUGCGGAAUGUGGAGGACCCUCAGGCGGUGUCUUCUCGGUUUCCGUCUUGGCCAGAGCCUUACUAUCCAGAGCUCUCUGGUGUUGAUCUAUUUCUGGCUGAUCUCAAAGCCAUGGAGGUUUAUGCUAGUUAUUUUUAUCAUCUAUCCAAGAUGUGGACAAAGCCUCUUCCUGAAAUGUAUGAUGCAGAAGAAGUUACAGAAUAUUUCACCUUGAGGCCUCAUGUAGUAGGUCUCCGACUUCUUGAGGUCUUUAUUGCGUUUGUUUCCGCCACAAUCAAAUUCAGGAUUUCUUCAAUCAGUUCUGCUGCAGAUGCAGAUGCUGGAGGAAAUGAUUCUGAUUACAAUUUUGGGAUGGUAUUGAAAGAAACAAUGCUAAACCUGGGACCCACUUUUAUAAAAGUUGGUCAGUCCCUUUCUACAAGACCCGAUAUUACUGGUUAUGGAAUUUCAAAGGCACUUUCAGAGCUGCAUGAUCAGAUCCCUCCUUUCCCCCGGGCUAAAGCAAUGAAAAUCAUUGAAGAAGAAUUAGGCUCUCCUGUGGAGACAUUUUUUAGCUAUGUCUCUGAGGAACCUGUGGCUGCAGCAUCAUUUGGGCAGGUUUACAAGGCAAGUACACGUGAUGGGCUUGAUGUUGCUGUGAAAGUUCAGCGUCCUGACUUACGCCAUGUUGUUGUUAGAGAUAUUUAUAUUCUUCGUAUAGGGCUAGGAAUUUUGCAAAAGGUAGCAAAAAGGAAAAAUGACCUUCGUCUGUAUGCGGAUGAACUUGGAAAAGGCUUGGUUGGGGAGUUAGAUUACAACUUGGAGGCAGCUAAUGCUUUAGAAUUCAUGGAAGUUCAUUCUCGCUUUAAGUUCAUUUGUUCACCAAAAGUAUUUCGGCAUUUGACCAACAAGAGAGUUUUAACUAUGGAUUGGAUGGUUGGUGAAAGUCCAAGUGAAUUAAUAUCUAUGUCCUCUCAGGAGUCGAGACGAAAGCUUCUUGAUCUGGUUAACAAAGGUGUGGAGGCUUCACUGGUCCAACUUCUUGAGACUGGCCUAAUGCAUGCCGAUCCACAUCCAGGAAAUUUGCGGUACAUACCUGGGAAAAUAGGGUUUCUUGAUUUUGGAUUGCUCUGUCGGAUGGAAAAGAAGCACCAAUUGGGAAUGCUUGCUUCCAUUGUGCACAUAGUAAAUUGCAACUGGGCAAACCUUGUGCAGGAUUUGGUUGAAAUGGAUGUUGUAAGAUCUGGAACAAACAUUAGGCGCUUUACCAUGGACCUGGAAGAUGCACUGGGGGAGUUAGAAUUUAACGAUGGAAUGCCAGAUGUCAAGUUUAGUCUGGUACUGAGUAGAAUUUGGUCUGUAGCACUAAAGUAUCAUUGCCGCAUGCCACCAUACUAUGUACUUGUUUUGCGGUCUCUGGCAUCUCUGGAAGGAUUAGCAGUAGCUUCAGAUCCAAGUUUUAAAACAUUUGAAGCUGCAUAUCCGUAUGUUAUCCAGAAGCUUCUUGUUGACAAUUCUGCUGCCACUAGGAAAAUCUUACAUUCGGUUGUGUUCAACAACAGGAGAGAGUUCCAGUGGAAAAGGCUUGCUGUUUUCCUAAGGAUUGGAGCAACUAGGAAACAGCUGCAAUCGUUGGUGCCAGUGAAUACUCAAACUUCUCUCACUCAGUCCUCAGAUGAGAUUUCCCGCACAGUGGAUCUUGCAAAUCUGGCUUUGAAAAUUUUACCAUCUAAAAAUGGUAUUGUUCUAAGAAGGCUCCUGAUGACUGCGGAUGGAGCUUCAUUGGUAAGAGCACUCGUCUCUAACGAAGCAAGUCCCUUUCGCCAACAAAUAUGCAAAAUCGCUGCCGAUGUGCUCUACCUAUGGAUGUGUAAAGCUAUACAGAAAGGCCUCUCCCUCGCCAGAAUCAGCAGCCCAGUUCUGGUCCAAGGUGGGGCCUGCAGACAACAGAUUAAAUCGAACGGCAAUGAAUACGAAACCGUCCUCAGAGAUCGACGGCUUAGAGUUAUCUUCUUUAAGCACUUCAACUCCGCCAGGAAAGACCCGUUACUUGUGUUGAGGUUUUUAUGGACUUCGCUCGUAAUCUUGUUCACGGCAUCAGCUGUAGCUUGCCACAGAGUGUUGGCUUCUCUAACCGGAGAUUAUUUGAACCGUUUGUCGUAUAAUUCGAACCGAAUUGCAACGGCUGCCUGA